CCAAUGCGAGAGAAAGCGAACGGGCUCCCCUUCGGGUUAAUCCAGCCUUCCCGAAAGGUCGGCGGGCACAACGAGAGGCCCUGCGGCUCCCGUGCCCCGACUCACCCGCGAGUCCCCCUUCUCGCCGACUCGCCUCUUCCGCAAUCGAACUUCCCGCGCUUCUCCUGCCGGGCCCUCACGACCUUCUUGCCGUGCCCCGGAAGCGCUUCUGCGCCACUUCCUCCCUUGCCCGCGGCCUCCAGGGGAGGGGCUGUUUCCUGGGGGGCGGCGGCGGCGCCAGGCUGGGUGGUGGUCGCGAGCGUCGCAAUUAUGGGGAAGAAACACAAGAAGCACAAGGCGGAAAAGACAGAAUGGAGGUCUACCUCGGCCCCGGCUGUCGGCGCCGCCGGAACCGGCGCAGCUGCUUAUGACGAUUACGUGGAUAAACCCUUGGAAAAACCAUUGAAACUGGUGUUAAAAGUUGGAGGUAGCGAAGUGACAGAACUUUCAGGAUCAGGACAUGAUUCCAGUUAUUAUGAUGACAGAUCAGACCAUGAGAGAGAGCGACAUAAAGAAAAGAAGAAAAAGAAGAAGAAGAAAUCUGAUAAAGAGAAAGAAAAACAUCUGGAUGAGGAGGAAAGACGGAAGAGAAAGGAAGAGAAGAAAAGAAAAAGAGAAAAGGAGCAGUGUGAUACUGAAGGUGAAAUGGAUGACUUUGAUCCUGGAAAGAAAGUAGAAGUUGAGCCACCCUCAGAUCGGCCAGUCCGAGCUUGUAGAACUCAGCCUGCAGAAAAUGAGAGCACACCUAUCCAACAAUUAUUGGAACAUUUUCUUCGCCAGUUACAGAGGAAAGAUCCUCAUGGGUUUUUCGCCUUUCCGGUCACAGAUGCCAUUGCUCCUGGAUAUUCCAUGAUAAUAAAACAUCCUAUGGAUUUUGGUACAAUGAAAGAAAAAAUUGCAGCAAAUGAGUACAAGUCAGUAACAGAAUUCAAGGCAGAUUUUAAGCUGAUGUGUGACAAUGCAAUGACAUACAACAGACCAGACACUGUGUAUUACAAGCUUGCCAAGAAGAUCCUCCAUACAGGCUUUAAGAUGAUGAGCAAAGAACGGCUGUUAGCUUUGAAGCGCAGCAUGUCGUUUAUGCAGGACAUGGAUUUUUCUCAGCAGGCAGCUCUUUUGGGCGAUGAAGACCCAGCUGUUGAGGAACCUGUGCCCGAAGUUGUUCCUGUGCAUGUAGAGACUACCAAGAAAUCCAAAAAGCCAAGUAAAGAAGUUAUCAGUUGUAUAUUUGAACCAGAGGGGAAUGCAUGCAGUCUGACGGACAGCACAGCUGAAGAACAUGUCCUGGCUUUGGUGGAACAUGCUGCCGAUGAAGCACGAGAUCGCAUCAAUCGAUGUCUCCCAAACAGCAAGAUAGGUUAUCUGAAGAAGAAUGGUGAUGGGUCUUUGCUGUUCAGUGUUCUCAAUCCAUCAGAUCCAGAUGCAGAAGAGGAAGAAACUCAUCCAGUGGAUCUGAGUUCUCUGUCCAGCAAAUUACUGCCUGGUUUCACAGCAAUGGGCUUCAAAGAUGAAAGAAGACACAAAGUUACCUUUCUUUCAAGUGCUAAUACAACACUUUCGAUGCAAAACCACUCUAUCUUUCAUGAUUUGAAAGCAGAUGAAAUGGAGCUACUAUAUUCAGCAUAUGGAGAUGAAACUGGGAUUCAGUGUGCCUUAAGCUUGCAGGAAUUUGUGAAAGAUGCAGGGAGUUACAGUAAAAAAAUUGUAGAUGAUCUGCUGGAUCAGAUCACUGGAGGAGAUCAUUCCAAAAUUAUUUAUCAGCUGAAGCAGAGGAGAAACAUUCCAGUUAAGCCUCCGGAGGAAGUAAAAGUUCCAUCAGUCCUAAUAAAAGAAGAACAUAAAUUACGCAAUACCUGUCCAGAUGCUUCCAAGCAAAGCAUGGUUGGAGAACCCAUUGGAGAUAAUACUAGUUCUGUUUUGGAUUUUUUAAGUAUGAAGCCAUAUUCAGAUGUGUCGCUUGAUAUAUCUAUGUUAAGUUCAUUAGGUAAAGUGAAGAAGGAACUUGACCAUGAUGACAAUCACUUACACUUGGAUGAAACUACAAAAUUACUCCAAGAUCUUCAUGAGGCACAAACUGACAGAGUAGGAUCCAGGCCUUCCUCCAACCUUAGUUCCCUCUCUAAUGCUUCUGAAAGGGACCAGCAUCAUCUGGGAAGCCCUUCUCAUCUAAGUGUGGAACAACAAGAAAUGGUCCAUGACCCCUAUGAAUUUCUUCAGUCUCCAGAACCUCCAAAUGCCAAUAGCUAAUUUCAUUUAGACAGUAUUUAAUUUGUUUUUUAAGUAUGUAACAUUUUACAGAGUUCCAUGAGGUAGUAAGCAUUUCAAUUCAUCCUCAUUUUUUGUAUGAGGAUGGUCAUGUAAUUAUGCUUGUGGAUAUAUUUGUAAAUGUUAUAUGGGUGGUAAGUGUAUCAUGAUAUUUGUACCAUCUCAUACCAUAAUUUAGGGAUAUGUACCAUAGAUACGGAGAAGUGGGUGCAAAUUAUGUACUAAUAUUUAAGAGACCAUAUUUAUUAAACACUGCAAACCAGCUGUUUAUCAUGCUGCCAGUCUUUAGAAAUUUUGUACUUUUUAUGCAACUGUAGCCACACAGGAAUUUCUCUAGUUUGAAUAUUCCCAGUGGUUAUACAGUUUUCACAACUAUUGUUAUAUUCAUGUAAACUUUUCCUCAGUUCAUGUGAGGAUGAUUAGAUGAAAUUGACACUCUGGAUCCUCUUAAUUUUAGGUGGGGGAAAAAGUCAUGGUGCUACGGAGGGACAUCAUCGCAAAAUUAAUGUGUUUAUUUAAAUGUUUUGUGAAUACAAGUGAAGUUGUAUGUGCAGAAAUAGUAAAAAAAUUGUUAUUUUUAAAUUAGGUAUGUGAAAUUUGACAUGGAAUUAUUUUUAAGCAAUUGUUAUUACAUGUAAAGUAGAAUAAGUAGUUGUUCAUUAACAGUGCUGUAAAUAUUAAUAAUACUCAAAUAUAUUCAUAUUCUGUUUUUUCCAGAAUGCAAUAUGUUUGUCAGUUCUGUGAAUAGUUCUAAUUGAGAUAGAAAAGUAUUCUGUGAUAACCUGCAUUGUAUUGUCUUUCUGAACUGUUAAGCACAAUUGACAGCACAGUUAGUUAACUAAGCUAAUGCUAUUCAAAAUUGUUUCCAAGAAUUUCCAAAUACUAGCAAAGAGCAGCAGCACAAUGUUUGCAGUUCAACUGGGAUAAGGAAAGGGCAUGAUACUCAUCUGGCCAUCUUUACUACCAACUUGACAGCAUGUAACACAUAAUUGUUAAUACCACACACUUUUCUGUGAAGUGAGGGGGGCAGAUUGAGGAGAACUCAGUGAGAUGAUGUCUCAAGAUGGGGAAGGAUUGAGACUAAUAGAAGCACUGUGGCCAAAAGAAAAGGACUAGGCAUUGUAGCUGAAGAAAAGGAUGGAUGUUGGGAAAGGCACCCAUCCUUUUUAUGGAGCACAAGAAAUGCUAAGACAGAAGAAAAACAUCAUAAGGAAUAGUGUUAAAUUAUGCCAUGCAGUACAAAACUAAUUGAAAGGCAAAUUUCACAUUGAUUUGAAUGUAUUUCCCAUGACUCAAAUACUACAGUAUUAUUGAAGAGUAGCAUUAAUAAAUCACCUUAAAAAUGGGGAAUAUAUGCCCCCCUUCCCACUGCAGCUUCUCCAUUAUCCCUCACAUUGCAAUCCAGCAAGGGCCCUAGGAAAUGGUCUUAGUGACUAAAGAAACUCUGAGAGCCUACCUAGAAGAUGCAUCCCCUUCUAAAUCAUAAUUAAAGCUAACCCAUUUGCUUUACAGAGGUUGGGAUGCUAGAACUGCCCAUCCUCCCAAGUGUGUUUUAUUGCUGUUAAGCGUAUGAUAGUGCAAACUGCUUCUCAGUCUAACUCACUUCAGGUCUUGAGAAGACACUUUUACCCUGAGUUGCCUAUGUUUUCAGACUCGUUUAACUGCUAAAGCCUAAUGUAAUUUGGGACUGCAAUAUCAAUUCUGCUGUAAAUCUACCCAUACCCUCAUAUGAACAUUUGAUGUCCAGUAGGGAGGGGAGUAACGUUGGAAAGGACCUUUUUGUUGAUAAUUGUCAAGCUUGAACUGCACUUCCCAGUGAGAACCACCUGCCAUUGAUACCAGGCCAAUAAUUCCACUUAUGCCCAAGCAUUUUAAUGCAUCAGCUGUGUUGUAUUUUAUUGUCUAUCAUGUGACUGAUGUUUUCAGUAUCUUACAUUAUAAUGAUGUAUAAUUCA